AGAUAUUACUUGUAUGGCUUUGUGUGAACGUUGGUUUCAAAUUGUUUUAAUCAGUACAAAUCAUAACUGCAAAUAAAUAGGGUUCUUCCUUAUUGGGGAAAUGUUGCUUGUAAAGGCCUGUCUGUAUCUCUAUAUUAUACUUGUCCCAUCCUAUUUUGUUCAAACAUUCAAAGGGACCUUCUUUUAUUAGUUCUAUGCAAUGCUUGAGUCUUUAAGUUUCACCUCCAAAUUGCUUGCAAAUUGCAAUUGAUUCAAAAAAAAAUUUUUUGUCAAAAAUUCUAAAUUUAUUUACUUAUUUAUAAAAGGAAAAGAAAAAAAAAUCCCAUGAACUUAAUUACCCCAAUUUUGGCGUUGGCUUUGGCUUAGGGUUCUAUUUCCCUAUCCAAUCUACCCCUAUAAAUUCCUCCUCUUCUCCACCAUUAAAACCCUAAAAAAAAGGUCUCUUCCUUUAAGAUCGCAAAUAACUCUCAUCUCCCACGAAUGGUUAAGCAACAACAAGAACAAGAGCUAUCGAGAUCCACCGGCAAGGUCUUCUGGUUCAAUGACCAAAAAGGCUUCGGCUUUAUUCGACCCGACGAUGGCGGCAAAGAUCUCCUCGUACAUCAAUCUUCAAUCAUAUCCGACGGCUUCCGUAGCCUCGCCGAGGGCGAAUCCGUGGAGUUCAUUGUCUCCCGAGGCAACAGCGGCAAGACCCAGGCUGUUGAUGUCACCGCAAUCGGGGGCUUUCCUAUCAAUAAGAAGGACCAUCGCAGUGCUGCUGGAGGUUGGAGGGGCGGAAACGAUCGGAGGAAUGGGAGCGGCGGGUGCUUUAACUGUGGGGAUGUUAAUUAUCUGGCCAGGGAUUGCAGUAACAACGCUAGUAAUUACAACAACAACGAUAAUGCGCCUAGCGGCGGCAGUUAUUGUUAUAACUGCGGUGAGGCGGGGCAUUUUGCUAGGGAGUGUAGGAGAGAUAACGGCGGCGCUGGGGGUGCUGGAGGUGGGAAGUGUUAUAACUGUGGGAAAUAUGGGCACUUUGCCAGAGAGUGUAAUAAAAACAGUGGCGGCGGCGGUGGAAGCGCAAGCGGAGGCUGUUUUACGUGUGGGGGAUUUGGGCAUUUGGCGAGGGAUUGUAACAGUAACAGGGAAACAGAAUGUUUUAAAUGCGGCGAGGCAGGGCAUUAUGCGAGGGUGUGUCGGAACUUGAAGGCUUCGGCUUAAGCGGGAAUGUGGGAAAAAGAAGAGUUAUAGUAAAUAUUUAUCUUUUUCUACGUUUUGGGGUUCUAUGAUUUUUGGAGGUUAUGCACGAGGAUGUUCUGGAUUAUCCAUUUUUUUUUCUCUUUCGGGAAGGGAUUAUUCCAAUUUUGAUACAUAGAUGAGCUGGUUCGGAUAAGGAUUUUAGCUUUUUUUUUGUUAUUUUUCAUUGUUCUCAGUGACUUUGGCUUUGCUCUCAUUUGAGUAGCUUUUAUUUUCAAGUGUGAAUUAUUGUUUUUUAUAUUCUCAUGAUGCAAAUUUUCUUUAAAUUUUUAUAAUGCUGCAUUGAUCAUCUAUGUUUUGGAGGAAGUUGUAGUCUUAAUUUGGUGGUAUUUGAUCAUCAUUUUGCGCAUUAAUCUUUUCUUAGAUUACAUUCCUGAUUCUACUAUUUGGUUUAAUGCACACUAGAUUAUUGUUGUGUAAGGGUAGAAAUUGUUGUUUCUUUGUUAAUGUCUUUUCUUUUCCUUUGAUAUUAUGCUCUCUUCAUGGUAUCUUGUCAACAAGAAAGAUUAUAAUUGUAAAUUGAAUUGCAGUCUUUCUUUAGGGUUUAGGGAGUUAUAGUCAUGUCUGUUGUCAAUUUGAUUGAGGCUGAUUGGGAUUAUAGUUUCAUUAAUUUUGGAACUAUGUGCAUUGUGCCUUUUGUUUGGUAAUGACACUAUUGAAUUUGACACCUGUUCAAAUUAUUGAUGAGUAAGGUUUGAAUUGUUGAUGUCGCUUUGUCCUAGCUUGUUGAUGGAAGGGAUCCCUGUGUGAGCAUAGUUUGACUUGGUUUUGUUGCAUCCAUGAUCUUUAUGCCCUGCCCCAGGCUUCAUAGCUUCCUGUUUUCUGCUGUAGUUUAUCUUAUGGAUGCUAUGGUCAGAUGC